UUUGUUUUGAGUGGGUUCCGAUGCUUGAUUCGGGGCGUCAGAUGCUUGAUUCGGUUCGCCCUUCUCACUCUGUCAGCUUACCCACUCUCAUUAUUGAGCAGAAAAGGAUCGGUUAUUUACAUUCAUCCCCAAUCUUAUGAAAAUCCAACGCCUGCAUAUCAUCACUCCAAAAUUCCAAAACCGCAAUGAUUCCAGCGCUCCAAGACAUCUCUUUCUCUCUCUUCCCUAUAACCCACAUUUUCUUUCUCUACCAUGGCCCUCCUCAUCUCUCAAACUCUUCAUGCUGACCCCAAAACCCACCAUAUUUGGUCCUUCCAAGCUGAGAUCCUGAAACCCAAUUCAGUUUACAAUAAACCCAUAAGAGAGUCAUUGACUCUUUGUAGGUUGAAACCCAGUUCAGUUUACCUUAAACCCAUAGGAGAAUCAGGGCCUUUGACUUCAAGAAGGGCUUUGAAUUUCUCUGGUGUUGCAAAUAUUGGUGUUCUUGGUCCAGUUAUUAAGCCUAUGAUGAGUGGGAGUGAGGUUUGUAGAAGCAAUGAGAGCAUGGAUGGAGGGUACAUGGAAACAGAGGCUAUGUUAAACCAUGGGUCACUGGGUACCAGAAAAGCUGCUUGGAUUGAUAGAUGGGAAUCGGCCGUAAACAGUUCGAGCAAGUGGUUGGUAUUCUCACUUUUUGGUGUUGCCGUUAUUUGGAAACAUGAUGGAGAAGUGAUGUGGGCUGCAAUGGGUUCUGUCAUUAACUCGAUGAUCUCCAUGGCUUUAAAACGUCUACUAAACCAGCAGCGUCCUUCCUCUGCUUCACGUGUUGACCCUGGAAUGCCAUCUUCACAUGCCCAAUCCAUUUCAUUUAUUACCAAUUUUUGUGUUCUCUCAUUGGUUAACGGGCUGGGAAUUAAUGCUAUCACCAUGACUGUUGGAACAUUGGCCCUCACUUGUGGUUGGUAUCUUUCGUGGCUACGGGUUUCACAACGUUUUCACACCAUCAGCCAAGUUUUGGUUGGGACUUUGUUGGGGUCAUUGUUAGGAAUUACGUGGUUUUUUCUAUGGCAUAGGAUGGUGUCGGUAUUGUUUCUUUCAUCUCAAUUUGUUCGAAUCAUUGUCUUUGUAGGAUCUGGAAUAUUUUGUCUGGGUUUCGUGUUCAACGUUGCUAAAAAAUGGAGCAUUUAUGACGAUUAACGUCAAUUUCUAUUAUGUGCGUCUUUUUUCAUUCA